AUGUUGUUCUUCAUUAUCGAUAAUUGGGUUCCUUGCGAGGUUCGCUUGUUGACAGAUGAUACGGACACCUUCUUAUGCAUAAAAUCGCGCCCGUUGGGAUUCGGACAAACUGAGGAGGAUAUAAAGAGCAUCUUCUCAGGCGUCUCAGCCACUGGAACUAUUUCAAGUGCAAACAAUCCUACACAGCUUUCAUCGGUGGCUCCUACUACUCGGGCUUUCACCGCGCUCUGUAACCUCUCCGAGUAUAAGUCUUGCACGGUAGUGACAGUUUCCAUAAAUGAUGUGGGUCACUUUGCUCUGAAGUUGGUCCCAGCGGGGAUUUUCGGAAAUAAGAGGCUUUACCUCGCAAUGUCGGGUGAGACAGAGGCUACUGCAUGGAUGUCCAUGAUCAAAGCCAAUCUGGGGAAAAGGAAGAAAGCAGCCAAAAAUCUGCUGACGCAGUCGCGAGACUCCCUGGUGGGCACGCUACGUCAAUCAGAUAGUCAAGAUACCCUUCGGGGUGACCUCAGCACAAAUGUCAAUAGUCGUUACGACCUUGAUAUCGAUACGAUUGACAAUGAAGUUUAUGAGCCUUGCUCUGCGCAGGACCUCAUACCGGCAGUAAUUCAACAGCGUGGAGAUUGGGAAAAGCUACGCCUCUCGAAGAUGGAUUGCUUUCUUCGCCUCACUGAUGACCGUCUGGAAUUACUUGAUCACAAUGGCGAAAGGGUUCUUCAUUGGUUCCCCUAUCUGCUUAUCCGACGAUUUGGCGCAGUGGGAGGGGUGCUGCGUGUCGAUGCAGGUCGUCGAUGCUCCACUGGAGAUGGUCACUUCUUCUUUAUGUGCUCCCCCAACAAUGGCCAACCGGUGGAUGCCAUCGUCUCGCAAAUUCGCCAACUCGCCCUCGAAGCCAAACAGCGUUUGCGUCAGGAGCAGGCCGCGAGACAACAGCUUCUGCAGCACCAUCAAGAUCAAAGUCUCAUUGCCGAGACAGGGUCUUCCGGUGCUGCAGGUCAGCUUCCGCCACCAGUGCCCUCGAAGGGCUCCCCGGACUUAGGAAGUGCUAAAUCCCUCUCAAAACUGGGUAACAGAAGUCCUAGUCCGAAGAGAAAUUGGCGUGGUGCUGUUAACGUCGGUGGCAGUAGCAGCGGCAGUGGUAACUGGUGGCCCUCGGAGAAUUUCAAGAGAGCCUCAUCAACGCCAGUCAGACGAGAAAUAGAGGAACCAUUAAAUAAGAGUGCAUUGCAGAAGGAAGAAGGGAAGAUGCAAAGGAAAUGCUCACCCAACAAUAUCGCUGAUUCAACCGUUUCCCCACUAAAGCCAAUGGAAAAGGCUGCGGAUGAUAACAAUGGCGUGUUUAUUGCGUCACCAGGAAAAGCUAUCAAUGCGCAGCUAGAGACCACUGGACAAGUAAAAGAACCAAUACCAGUGACGCAAGCAACAGAAGUAAAGGAAGUAACAUUGAAUGGGGCUGUGCAUCAACCUCGCCUCUACGAUAACGUGCCCAAUUUGGAGAUUGGGGAGAAGCCAAGUGAAACAGAUAUGCAGGCGUCGGAGGGUGGGCGUCUGAACAACAAUUCGCGACCGCCAGGGACUAGCGGGCAGCGUGUAGAGGACGCCAACCUCCCACCUCCCCCACCUCCACCCACUGCCUCCCUUCUUCCACCCCGCCAAAAUCGCGACCUGAACACUAGCGCCACCAAUGCUACUAAUGCUCCUGAAGGUGAUGAUAGCAAUUCUGAAGGUCAGGUUAAGUGCAACGGCGAGGGUGCCAUCAAUAAUACACCUCCGACCGUCCCCACCAAACAAUUUGUUCACCACUCCCUGAAGACCUUCGAUCUGACCAAUUAUCGCCAAACAUCAAUGGAGGUUCCACGUCAGAGCUGGAUGGCAGGCAUGUCGAGUGGGCUGACUUAUCGCCCGUACAGAGAGGAAAAGUCGAGAGAGAGAAGAGAAGGAGAGACAGAGUUUGCCUCGGACCUGAUGAAGAGCGGUCAAAAAUCGCAGCCAAGCAAGUCAUUUUCCUUUGGCUCGGGCGUCUAUGAAUCAGAGGAAAAGAUGCCUGGUGACCUAGCGCGUCUAAACAUGCGUGGUUUGGAUGAAGUACUCCAGGAGUUGCGGGACGCCAAUCAAAACGUUACUUCAGCCGUACAGGAGGCAGAACGACAGCGACGAGUCAAUUGCCGUUCUAAACCUCACCAUCUCAAUCAUCAGCUGCAGUCAUCUCAGCCCAGCGCGCUAGCCAGGACCACGAGCCCUGCUCCUGCUUGGUCCAUUAAACGCGAUAUCUGA